AUGCUCAACCCCAAUAUUCUUCUCCAGUCCACGCGCAAUUUUGCAACCAAAGCUGCGACUGGCCAUUGGCUUGCAAGUGUACCCAUGGGCCCUGCUGAUCCUAUUCUCGGUCUUACUGAGCGCUUUAACAAGGACACGGACUCGCGCAAGAUAUCACUUGGUGUAGGUGCUUACCGUGACGAUGACAACAAGCCAUAUGUGCUACCAUCAGUGUUAGAGGCCGAGAAGCGUAUUAUGGCGGCUGGCAAGAACAAGGAGUACGCGGGUAUUGCCGGCAUGAAGAAUUUUGUGGACCUUUCGCUGCAGUUUGCCUAUGGGGAGGACAGUGAGGCUUUAAAGGAGGGCCGCAUCACUGGCGUGCAGACCAUCUCUGGCACGGGCGGUGUGCGUCUUGCUGGUGAGUUCUUCUCCAAAUUUUUGGGAAAAAACACUCCCGUGUACUUGCCCAACCCGACGUGGGGCAACCACAUUCCUAUUAUGGAGAAUGCCGGUAUGGAAGUGCGUCGCUACACGUAUUACGAGCCUGCAUCACGUGGCUUGGACUUCUCCGGUCUCAUGAACGACGUGAAGGGGGCUCCCGAAGGAUCAGUCUUCUUGCUGCACGCUUGCGCGCACAACCCCACGGGUGUGGACCCUACGAUUGAGCAAUGGAAGCAGAUUGCUGACGUCAUGAAGGCCAAGAAGCACGUUCCGUUCUUUGACUGCGCUUACCAGGGCUUUGCCUCGGGCGACGCUACGCGUGACGCUGCUGCUAUUCGCCACUUUGUCAAGGAGGGUCACAACAUUUUUCUGUCGCAGUCAUACGCCAAGAACUUUGGUCUUUAUGGUGAGCGUGUGGGUGCUCUGAGCGUCGUCACCGCCAGCAAGGAGGAGGCCGAGCGUGUGCAGUCUCAGCUCAAAAUUAUCAUCCGCCCAAUGUAUUCGAACCCGCCUAUUCACGGCGCACUGAUCGUGUCCAUGAUUCUAUCGGACGAUCAGCUUAAAAAGCAGUGGUACAGCGAGUGCAAGGGCAUGGCUGACCGCAUUAUCUCCAUGCGCACGGCGCUUCGCUCAGCUAUUGAGAAGAUAGAUGAGGCCAACGGAGUCAAAUCGGACUGGCGCCACAUUACGGACCAGAUUGGCAUGUUUUGCUACACCGGACUAACGGAGGCCCAGGUGAUGCGCAUGAUUGAAAAACACCAUAUCUAUUUGACCAAGGAUGGUCGCGUGAGCAUGGCAGGUGUGACGACUAAGAACGUUGAGUACAUUGCACAGUCGAUUGCGGAGGUCGCGCAAAAUGCCUAA